UGCGCUCCACCGUUUCUAAGAGAAAGCAAACUCGCAUCAAUUAUGAUAAACAUUAAAUAAUGUGGCAAUUAUUAUUUUUACUUUGUUUAGUAAACAAAAGUGCAUCUCAGAUUAUAACUAACGAAAAAAAGGAGGAGGUUUCUUAUCAAAUAGCUGGUAUAUUCGAGCCAAACACCUUAACUCAGCAGCUCGCGUUCAACGAGAGCGUUUUCGACGUCCACCUCCCGGACUACCACCUAACAGCAACCAUAUUGAAUUCGUCCAGAUCAGACAGCUACUCCGUGUGGCAGACGUUAUGUUCAAACAAAGAAAUGCGGCCUAUAGUAUUGAUGGGUCCUCAAGACACCUUGACCAACGGAGCGGCUCGAGAUCAAUGCUUUGUCGCUAACAUACCUUACAUCCAUACCAGCUGGCAGUUUCCUGAUCCUGACUUUGACAUUGAAAAUAUUGAAGAAAAAGAUGACCAAGCCAAUGAAAAUCUAGAUACAGAAGAAGAGGAGGAAAAAAAGGGAGACAGUGAAGAAGGAGAUAGCGAGGAAGAACUUAUUUAUAAAAAUAUAACGAUAAAUUUCUAUCCAGAUCCUGACGAAGUAUCCGUAGCAUACGCAAAACUUCUAAACUAUUACAAAUGGGAAAGCUUUUCAGCUCUCUACGAAGAUGAUUUUGGUUUGAUAAGGAUUCAAAAAAUAUUAGCCGAACACACCGCGAAACACCCUGUAUAUUUACGAAAAUUAGAUCCAGAAGGAGACAAUAUCAAUGUAUUUAAAGACCUGAAAAAGUACCAAGAUGCCAGUCGUUUUUUGAUGGACUGUCGCGCAGAUCGAAUUUUGAAGUAUUUAAAUGAUGCAAGUCAGUUGAAAAUGGUGGACCAUUAUCAACAUUACAUUUUAGUAUCUUUGGAUGCGUCUACUGUAGCCGAUAGUCUGACCAAGUAUGUGUCCAAUAUAACUUGGCUGAGCAUCACAGAGCACGACAUAUUGAGCAAUGCCCAGCAUUACUUAGCUCCACGCGUGGCCAAGUGGUCCAGCCAACGAUCGCAAGCUCCUCUGGUGACCAAUUUUACGCUCGAGUCGUUAAUAAUGGAUGACAUGGCAAACCACAUUCUGAAAGCGGUACAAACACUAGGCGAUGAUUUUGCAGAACCAGAGAAUCACGUUUGCGAUGCUGAAGCCACUCCUUGGGUUUAUGGAGCGAAACUUCAAAAUGCGACAUUACAGAUAACAACAAAAGGUGUAACUGGAAACAUCACGUUUGAUGAAAAUGGAAAACGUGCUAACUAUACCCUGUUCAUCAAUGAGAUUUACGGGUCUCAACGAAGAACAAUCGGUAGGUGGGAGUCUAAUAAUGGUACGGAGAUCAUCGAAGAUCGUCCCACUUCCGAUAUCACUACUAGCCAGCUCACUUCUAAACAUUUCAUCGUGAUUUCAAGAAAAUAUAAACCAUAUUUUUAUGAUAAAACACCAUGUGAAGGAGAAGGCUGUGAUGACAGUGAUGAAAAAUACGAAGGUUUUUCCGUAGACCUAGUGAAAAAGAUCUUCGAGCUACUGAAAGAAGAAAAGUUCAAUUACACUUAUGAAUUUGUUCACGAGAAAGACAAAGGUUAUGGCAAGUACGAUCCAAAGACGAAAAAAUGGGACGGCCUCAUUGGAGACUUGCUGGAUAAAAAAGCAGAUUUAGCAGUAUGCGAUUUGACAAUCACAGAAGAAAGGAAGAAAGUGGUUGAUUUUUCCGUACCAUUCAUGUCUUUAGGAAUAAGUAUCUUGUACACAAAAGAGAAACCAGUUCCUCCGCCAAUGUUCUCUUUUCUUCUUCCCUACACAUUUGAGGUUUGGAUGUACAUAGCUACUGCCUACUGUGUUGUCUCUAUCGUGCUAUUCGUUUGUUCGAGGAUAUCACCUGCCGACUGGGAAAAUCCUGUGCCGUGUGAUAAAGAUCCAGAGGAAUUGGAGAAUAUAUGGAACUUCAAGAAUUGCGCCUGGCUCACUAUGGGCUCCAUCAUGACGCAGGGAUGCGACAUUUUGCCUAAAGCUAUCGGCACUCGUUGGGUGUGCGGCAUGUGGUGGUUCUUCGCCAUGAUAGUGUGCCAGACUUACAUAGCCCAGUUGUCAGCUUCCAUGACCACAGCCCUGGAAAACGAACCAAUCAACAGCGUCGAAGACCUAGCCAAGCAGAACAAAAUAUUGUACGGAGCCAUCGAAGGGGGAUCUACGUACGAAUUCUUCAAAUCAUCCAAAGACAAAAUAUACCGUAAAAUAUUUGAGACCAUGGAAGCCAACCCUAGCCUCCUAGUCAAGACUAACGAUGAGGGCGAGAGUAGGGUGCUUAAGAACAACAACAAAUAUGCAUUCUUUAUGGAAUCUUCUACCAUCGAAUAUAAACAGAAAAGAAAUUGCGACCUCCAAAAAGUCGGAAGUCAAUUGGACUCUAAGGACUAUGGAAUAGCUAUGCCAGCAAAUUCACCGUUCCGAAGUCACAUAAACAGAGCCAUUUUGAGAUUAAAAGAAUUGACGAUUUUGGAAGACAUAAAAUCGAAAUGGUGGGACAAAAGCUACGGAGCUACCGAUUGUAAUGAAAAAGAAAAUGAAGACACUGAUAUAGAAGGUAACCUUGAGAUGGAAAACCUGAUAGGGGCAUUCGUGGUCCUUAUCGUAGGGUUGUUCUUCUGUUUGUUUGUCGUGGCCGCGGAGUUCAUGAACGAGAUUCGGAACAUUGUCGUUCGUGAGCAGGUAACUCACAAGGAGGCUAUAAUCAAAGAGUUGAAGGCGUCACUGAACUUCUUCCAACUUCAAAAGCCAGUUCUCCGCAAUCCGAGCCGUGCGCCCUCCGCCGCGUCCCGCAGGAGUGAGAAACAGGACCACCUUGCCGCUCUCACGGAAAAUUUCAUGGACUUUGAGAAGGAACUUCGCUAACUUGCAAUGUACACACAUCCCAUACACCAAUCAGUUCGAGAUAGCCCAGCUCUUUAGCCCUUCAGUAUCUUCAUUCUGAGUAACGCAUUAGAAAAUUUAUCCUUUAUGAGGUCGGCACCGAGUAUCGAACAAAUUGGAAUUUUGCAUCUUUCUCGAGUAAGUAACCAAUAUUGGUUUCAGUUUUUUUUUUAGGCCGCCAUAAGACAUGCGAAACCGCCUGUCUAGUAUGACCAACUUAACAGCUUUAAGUGUCCUCCGAUGCCUAAGUAAAAGUUAAAAUUAUUAUCCGAUGUGUAACUUUUAAUAUAAAGACAUACCUUAAUUACAACUUAUGUGUCGAACUAUACCAUAGCAUACAAAAUUUAU